AUGGGCUUCUUCAGCAUCCAACUCCUGCAGUGCUGGCGACUUAUCCAGUCCCAGGAACCUGCAAUGCAAGCAGCAGUCAGAGACAGUAGCUUCCUCUGGCACAACCCGCAGACUGCACAACUGUGCAUGCUCCGAUCAGGUGUCCAGACCACGGACACGGAGUCGGGGAACGUGGAUAUCCUCCACAUGCCCGCCGAGAACUCUGCAGCUCCCGCUUACGAAGUUUUCUCGGAUCGUACGUUCCGCUUUCAGAUCCCCUGGCUACGAGGCCAAGAUGCCUGCUGCGUGGCCUCCGACGAAGUUCAGAGAUGCCACAGCCUCCCAGAAGCCGAGCCGGGUGGUGAUAGUGGACUGGAUGGGUUAGGAGGACCAGGUGUACAACUAGGAAGCCCAGAUAAGAAAAAACGCAAGACAAAUACACAGGGCCCUUCUUUUCCUCCGUUGUCUGAGUAUGCUCCACCACCGAAUCCCAACUCUGACCAUCUAGUGGCUGCUAAUCCAUUUGAUGACAACUAUAAUACUAUUUCCUAUAAACCACUACCUUCAUCAAAUCCAUAUCUUGGCCCUGGUUAUCCUGGCUUUGGAGGAUAUAGCACAUUCAGAAUGCCACCUCACGUCCCUCCGAGAAUGUCUUCCCCAUACUGUGGUCCUUACUCACUCAGGAAUCAACCACACCCAUUUCCUCAGAAUCCUUUGGGCAUGGGUUUUAAUCGACCUCAUGCUUUUAACUUUGGGCCACAUGAUAAUUCAAGUUUCGGAAAUCCAUCUUAUAAUAAUGCACUAAGUCAGAAUGUUAAUAUGCCUAAUCAACAUUUUAGACAAAACCCUGCUGAAAACUUCAGUCAGAUUCCUCCACAGAAUGCUGGCCAGGUAUCUAAUCCUGACUUAGCAUCUAACUUUGUCCCUGGAAAUAAUUCAAAUUUUACUUCUCCAUUAGAAUCUAAUCAUUCAUUUAUUCCUCCUGCAAACACUUUUGGUCAAGCAAAAGCACCCCCCCCAAAACAAGACUUUAAUCAAGGAGCAACCAAAAACACUAAUCAAAAUUCCUCUGCUCAUCCACCUCACUUAAAUAUGGAUGACACAGUGAAUCAGAGUAAUAUCGAAUUAAAAAAUGUUAAUCGAAACAAUACAGUCAAUCAAGAGAACAGCCGUUCAAGUAGCACCGAAGCUACAAACAACAGCCAUGCAAAUGGGACACAGAAUAAGCCACGACAACCUAGAGGUGCAGCAGAUACAUGCACCACUGAAAAAAGCAAUAAAUCCUCUCUCCACCCAAGCCGUCAUGGCCAUUCUUCUUCCGACCCAGUAUACCCUUGUGGAAUCUGUACAAAUGAAGUGAAUGAUGAUCAAGAUGCCAUCUUAUGUGAAGCCUCUUGUCAGAAAUGGUUUCAUCGGAUCUGCACUGGAAUGACUGAAACAGCUUAUGGCCUGCUAACUGCAGAAGCAUCAGCAGUGUGGGGCUGUGAUACCUGUAUGGCUGACAAAGAUGUCCAGUUAAUGCGCACUAGAGAAACUUUUGGUCCACCUGCAGUGGGCAGUGAUGCUUAAUCACAGGCAUUAACUAAAGGAUUUUUUUUCCUCCUGUGUAUUACAAAGGUUCAGUAACACAGGCUUUUAAUGUUUUACAUUAUUUUUUUAAAUGCACACAAAGAUGAUUUUUAGUUUUUAUUAAUAUUCCACUUCAUUGCUAGUGCAAACUUUGUGUUGUCUUUGCUAUCUUAAAUAAGAAUAAUGUAUAUGAUGGUGCUUUAGAAAGUACUAUACAAAUAAAUGUUAGUUGUUAGUCAUAACAUAAAAGCCUCUUGAAGCUUCAAAAUAAUAUAUAGCAAAUGUAGGCAAGUUUUGACUUGUAAAAGAAUCAUUGAAAAAUGUAUAUUUCAGUGCUGAACUUUAAUGAUAUCACAUUAGACGUUUAGUUCAAAAAACUUUUCAAGGCUGCAUUUAACAUGUUCUCAGAAAAAAAUGUGUCUAUAACAUGGAAGAAAGCAUACAUUUUAAUGGAUUUUUAAAAAAAAUAAUAGUGUAUGACACCAGAUUUCUCCCUAACUAGGGUCCUUGAAAUUAGUGAUUUUCAUAUUUCAAGUCAGUCUCUCCAGGAUAUCUGUACAGAUAAUGAGACAGAUGUUAGCAUAUAGUAGAUCCUCCUUAUUUGUUGAUUAACUUGUGGAUUGUACCACAUGAAAUUGCUAAUGUUAGACCAGUUGAAAAUUAUAGUUAAUAGAGUUGAUAUAAAGUAUGUUUCUAGUUGUGCUAUUUAGAAUUAUAAUAGUAUAAUGCCUUUCUUCAAUUCUCUUUGAUUGUUGAGUUGUUUUGUUACUGUUUUCCAGAGAAAUAAAUAAUAUAGUAUCCUCAGAAGAAUUGUGAAUACUUUUAAAACAUGAUUUCAAAGUGGGACAUAUUGCAGAUGAGGUAGAAACAAAUACGGCCUUAGAGAGCUCUGCUGGUGAAAGAACUACUCGUUGGUAAUUUGAAAAAUUUUGUUUGGGGGAUCUGAAUUCAAAAACGAGCCUCAAGGGAGAUCAAAAUCCAUUUUAAGCAAAGAUCAAUUACAGAGCCAAGGUGAAAGCUAAGUUAAAAAUAACAGUUCAAGGCCUUGCAGCUGACAGGAGUUUCUGCUAUGACUGGGGAAAGUGAAAAAAUGGACCUGAGAGUAUUCUCUUGAGAGACAAUAAAGAAUGGAAACAGUCGGAGGUGUGUUCAUAAAGAUUCAAAACAGCAGAAAACCAUUUUUGGAGUGGAUCAUAACCUGUGACUAAAAAAAAAAUAAAGGAUACUGUAUGACAGUUAAUAGUUUAUACAGUGGUUGGAUGUCGGUGAAGCUCCCAAACUUGCGCCAUCAUUAUCAUUGCAACCAAAAAGUUCUGAAGACCAUAUGGUGAUCUGCAAAAGACAUAAUUACUACUGUUUAAACCCUGGUAAAACGACAGCAGCAGCAUAUUGCCAGUAAAUUAAAAUUAUGCAUGAGAAAUCUGAAAACAUCCUUUGGUUAAUAAACAUGAACCCAUACUUUUAUAUGACUGCACUUGACCUCACAUGUCACAAGCUACGAAAGCAAAUUAAUUCAAUUGAGCUAUUAAAUUUUGUCCUGUCCUUAGUCACCAGGGCUUUAUCCAAUGAACUACCAUCCUUUUCAUCAUUUGCAGCUUUUUCUAAGGAAUAACAUAUUCUUCAAUUGAGAAGGAGUAAUUGGAGGAUUUGAAUGAUUUAUACAGCCUAACAAAUGAAUUUUAUAAAAAUGAAACAUUUACUAUCCUAUUAGAAAAUUAAUGCUCAUGAUACAUAUUUUGAUUGAAUAAAACUUAUUUUUUUAAACACUUUUUAUUUUGACCUACAAAAACAGCAAUUUCAUAUGGUACAAGGUCACAUUUACCUGUGACUAGUUAGAGGUGAGUACAAAAUAUUUUCACUAGUUGUAAAAUAUGUAUCUUUGCAAUUUUAGGAAGUGAAAUAUAAGCUCUGAUACUAGGUUCUCCUUUGUGUGAAAACUACCAGUUGAAGCAGGUUGAAAUGCAGUAUUUUUGGUUGACAUUUGUUGUGUUCACAAACAUACUUGAAGAUCCCAGUUUGCUUACACUGUAGCUUUGUUAGAGAUAAACAAUUUUCUAAAUAUUUAAGGACCUAAUUAUAUUGUUCUUGAAAUCCUAGUGAGUGCUGAUUUUUAAGUGAUGCCCUGCAUGUUAUAUGCCCAGUUCUAGCAUCAGAUCAGGGUGUUUUUUGUUGUUGUUGUUUGCUUUUUGUUUUUUGAUGACUGAAUACAGGUAAAUAGAUAUUGGGUAGAACCUUUCAAAGUCCACAGAAAUUAACACUACAUGGUAGUAGUACUUGAGUUGUACUCAUUGCUAAAACUCAUUAUGCAGUUUCUUAAGCCCUCUGUUGUUUACAAUUUCAGUAGUUCUUUUGUGAAAAUGAAGUAACCUCUCCCAAGCUAAUCAUGAGAUACUUGAUUUGUAAUACGAUUCUUUUAUUUUCUAUUUCCAAGUAGUAGUUUUAAAAAACUUAGAAAACAAGUGAAUUUUUCUUCAGGUAUGUAGGUCUUCAGAGUACCUUAUUUAAAUAAGAAUUGUAAGUAUUCAAAAGAAAAACCUGUGGUUGAUUCUGACAAUGAAUCAUAGGCAAACUAUAAUCAUAGCUGAUAAAUAUUUUCAUGUAUUCGAAUUAAUAUUCUUGUGAGUUCUACAUUUGUUUCUACAUGACACUGAGUCAGAAGUUAUCUAGUCCUUUUUAAAAAAAAAAGUGAUGAACUAUAAGAAUGGCCCAAUACUCAUUUACCCAAUUUGACCCAAAGAAGGCUGUUUUACAAAUUGAUGUGAUUUUCUUAGGAUAAGUGAUGAGCUGCCCUAAACAUUUAAAAAUAUUCGGUGAUGGAAAGAGGUAGAAUAAUUUUCUAGUAGCAUUGCACCUUUUUGGGUGUAAUUCUUUCCCUUCCAAUGAAAGGCCUCAUCACUCAUUCACACACACACACACACACACACACGAAAUCUUGGAGUUUCUUCUUAUUUUCAAAGUUCAACCUAGCUAACUAUCAGCAAGGUUAGGUUACUAAUGGAAAAUUUUAAAGCAUCAAUUCCUUUUUCAGAACUUGCCUUGUUAAUUUCACUCGAUUCCUGGUGCACUUGCUUGUAGGUGCUACUGGACUAAUCCUGAAACAGCUUGUAAAAGAAAAAUAUUCUUCAGAUAGAGUGCUUAGAAUUUAGAUUUGUGAUAAGUGUUUUCCUUUUGUGUGAAAUACUUUAGAAUACUGUUGUUAUGAUUCUUGUUAUCCAAAUUAGAUCAUGUACAUAAAACUGAAGAUUUUCUUGUGCUAGUGUUUAUUCUUCAUAGAUUAACACAAUGUAAAGAAGUCCAGUUUUUUGGUUGAUGUUAUGUUUUAUAGACUCCCAAUUCUGCCUAGUAAUAGGAAGAAAACUCAGUAGUGUGGUUCAUCAUGAAAUCUAACAGCUUUAAUCAUCCAAACAAAUUAUCGAACAAAUUAAGAGUGCUAGUACUUUCCAUCCAACAUACUGUAGUAUUUGUAUUUAAUAGUAAAAAAAUAUAUAUAUAAGCAACGAAAAGGGAGCUCUAAAUAGUUUCUGGAUUUUUUUUUUUUUGCAGUGUAUAGAGGUUUCAUAUGCAUGAACAUUUGUGAAAUUUUAGAUUUUUUUAAUUAAAAAAUUUAAUUAGAAGUAUUAAGGCUCCCAAAGUUCAUUUGUAAAUAGUGGUUUAGAACUCUAUAUAAGAUGAUUAGAUUCUUAGGGAAGCUCAUAAAGGCUUAUUUAAACCUUGAUGUAGUUAACCAAUAGUAUGCUGAGUGCUCAGCUUCUUUAGGGAACCAAUGUAGAUGGGAGGAAGAAGCAGAGGUCUUUCUUUUUUCCUGAUGUGAUUCAGGAAGAUUAAGUUCUUUGGUGUGAGUGUUUCUCAGUUGCCCUCUUACCAUCCUAAACUCUGGUGAGAUGCUAUAUAAGCCAACUUGCCUUUUCCCUUUCUGGAUGCUCUGUGUUUUAGAAUUUCACAUAUUUCCUCCAAUCAGAAGUACCAUUUUUUUAUGUGGCUGUGCUUGACUAGAUUUUAAGGGAAAAGUGUUUUCCACCAAGACAUGAAGGAAGAGAGUGAAGAAAGUGGGAUUAAAUUUCUUUUUUUAAAAAGGAUGUUUAUUCAGAAUUAACCUUUAUCUAUUCUCUAAGAUUUCAGACAAAAUGACAGCACUUCAGGCACCACAGGGAGCAGUGUUUUUUUUUGAAUUGGCUAAUACUGUCUUAAGAGUACUUCACAAUUUCCUUUAGAUUGUUGGGACUUAACAGCUUCCUUUCUUCUCUGAACCCAGAGAUUUUCUCCUCAUUUCCACAUUUUAGCAAUUUCCAUUUUUUCUGUAUUUCAUUUAUCCAGUAGGGCAGAAUAGAAGUCAAAUCUGCAUUUUUCCAACUCGUGGUACAGUAAUGGGAGUCUAGAGGCACCCUUGGAGCAAGGAGGCUAGAGAUGGCAUUAACAUCUCCCAAGAAAAGGAGAUGAGGAAAUGAAGAAAGUGGCUAUACAUAAGCCAGACAUUAAUACAUGAAAGGCUGCCUGUAUUUGAAAACUUAAUGAAACCCGAUGGGUAAGCUUCAUCCUUAUUUUGUCAAAAUACAUUACUCGCAAUUAUAUUAAAACAUAUUCUAAAUGCCUGUACUUGUUCUGUAGAUGAUGUAGAUGAUGUUGCUUGUUAGUUAAAAUAUCUUAUAAAAGAAAGUCCUGCUUCUUAUCAUGAUGUAUGUGACUUAAAUGACUGUUUCAUAUUAAAACUAUUUCUUCCUUAUGUACUGUUUACAUAUACCUCUUUUUGGGAUAUUAGUUCAGUACUUUUAUACAAAUCUGAGUGUGUUCCACAUUGGUGACAUGUAUUUUUGCAGUAAUUUUUUGUUUUGUUCUUAGAGCAUGUCUAAAGUAACACAUGCACUAGUGCUGUGGUCUGUGGCAAAAUUACUGUAAUUCAAAUUGGAAAAUAAAAUGUUUCCAGACUUUGUCCAACA